AUGGUGGAUAUUAUUUUUCCUUAUCCCUUUCUGGGUGCUAUGGGGGAUCCUUCCAAGAAGAAGCCCGGGACGGCCAUGUGCGUGGGUUGCGGGAGUCAGAUCCACGACCAGUUCAUCCUGCGGGUGUCGCCCGACCUGGAGUGGCACGCAGCCUGCCUCAAGUGCGCCGAGUGCAGCCAGUACCUGGAUGAGACCUGCACGUGCUUCGUCAGAGACGGGAAGACCUACUGCAAGCGGGACUACGUCAGGCUGUUCGGCAUCAAGUGCGCCAAGUGCCAGGUGGGCUUCGGCAGCAGCGACCUGGUGAUGCGCGCGCGGGACAGCGUGUACCACAUCGAGUGCUUCCGCUGCUCCGUGUGCAGCCGCCAGCUGCUGCCGGGAGACGAGUUCUCGCUGCGGGAACACGAGCUGCUCUGCCGCACCGACCACGGCCUCCUGCUCGAGCGCGCGGCGGCCGGCAGCCCGCGCAGCCCCGGCCCGCUCCCCGGCGCCCGCGGCCUGCAUCUGCCAGACCCCGGGCCCGGCCGGCAGCCCACGCUGCGCCCACACGUGCACAAGCAGGCGGAGAAGACGACCCGCGUGCGCACGGUGCUCAACGAGAAGCAGCUGCACACCCUGCGGACCUGCUACGCCGCCAACCCGCGGCCCGACGCGCUCAUGAAGGAGCAGCUGGUGGAGAUGACCGGCCUGAGCCCGCGGGUCAUCCGCGUGUGGUUCCAGAACAAACGCUGCAAAGACAAGAAGAAAUCCAUCCUCAUGAAGCAGCUGCAGCAGCAGCAGCAUAGCGACAAGACGAGCCUCCAGGGGCUGACCGGGACGCCCCUGGUGGCGGGCAGCCCCAUCCGCCACGAGAGCGCCGUGCAGGGCAGCGCCGUCGAGGUCCAGACGUACCAGCCGCCGUGGAAGGCGCUCAGCGAGUUCGCCCUGCAGAGUGAUUUGGACCAACCCGCCUUCCAGCAGUUGGUCUCCUUCUCCGAGUCCGGGUCCCUGGGCAACUCCUCGGGCAGCGACGUGACCUCCCUGUCCUCGCAGCUCCCGGACACCCCCAACAGUAUGGUGCCGAGUCCCGUGGAGACGUGA